CUUUCCCCACACAGGUAUCUUUGCUUACCUGAACUACCAUGUUCCCAGGACGAGGAGGGAGAUCCUGGAGACCCUCAUCAAAGGGCUCCAGCGCCUGGAGUACCGGGGCUAUGACUCUGCAGGUGUGGGACUGGAUGGUGGAAAUGACAAAGACUGGGAAGCCAAUGCCUGCAAAAUCCACCUUAUCAAGCAGAAGGGGAAAGUGAAGGCUCUGGAUGAAGAGGUUCACAAGCAACAGGACAUGGACCUGGACAUCGAGUUUGAUGUUCACCUGGGGAUUGCCCACACACGCUGGGCCACGCAUGGGGAGCCCAACCCCAUCAACAGCCACCCGCAGCGCUCCGACAAGAACAAUGAGUUCAUCGUCAUCCACAACGGCAUCAUCACCAACUACAAGGACCUGCGCAAGUUCCUGGAGAGCAAGGGCUAUGACUUCGAGUCGGAGACAGACACAGAGAGCAUCGCCAAGCUGGUCAAGUACAUGUACGACAACCGCGACAGCGACGACAUCAGCUUCACCACGCUGGUGGAGAGAGUCAUCCAGCAGCUGGAAGGUGCUUUUGCCCUCGUGUUCAAGAGUGUUCAUUAUCCCGGGCAAGCAGUUGGUACCAGGCGAGGCAGCCCCCUGCUCAUCGGUGUGCGCAGCGAGCACAAGCUCUCCACAGACCACAUCCCCAUCCUGUACCGCACAGGGAAAGACAAGAAGGGAAGCUGCAACCUGUCCCGAGUUGACAGCACCACCUGCCUCUUCCCUGUGGAGGAGAAAGCUGUGGAAUAUUACUUUGCUUCUGAUGCCAGUGCUGUCAUCGAGCACACCAACCGUGUGAUCUUCCUGGAGGAUGACGACGUGGCCGCCGUGGUGGACGGCCGUCUGUCCAUCCACCGCAUCAAGCGCACGGCCGGAGACCACCCGGGACGGGCUGUCCAGACCCUGCAGAUGGAGCUGCAGCAGAUCAUGAAGGGUAACUUCAGCUCAUUUAUGCAGAAGGAAAUAUUUGAACAGCCAGAAUCUGUCGUUAAUACUAUGAGAGGAAGGGUCAACUUUGAUGACUACACUGUGAACCUGGGUGGGCUGAAGGAUCACAUCAAGGAGAUCCAGAGGUGUCGGCGUUUGAUCCUCAUCGCCUGUGGCACGAGUUACCACGCAGGAAUGGCUACACGUCAGGUGCUGGAAGAACUGACAGAAUUACCUGUCAUGGUGGAACUUGCCAGUGACUUCCUGGACAGAAACACCCCUGUGUUCAGGGAUGAUGUCUGCUUCUUCCUCAGCCAGUCAGGGGAGACAGCAGACACCCUGAUGUGCCUGCGCUACUGCAAGGAGCGGGGAGCUCUGACCGUGGGCAUCACCAACACCGUGGGCAGCUCCAUCUCGCGYGAGACCGACUGCGGGGUGCACAUCAACGCGGGCCCCGAGAUCGGCGUGGCCAGCACCAAGGCAUACACCAGUCAGUUCGUGUCCCUGGUGAUGUUUGCCCUGAUGAUGUGUGAUGACAGGAUUUCCAUGCAGGAGCGGCGCAAGGAGAUCAUGCGGGGGCUGAAGGGGCUGCCAGACUUGAUUAAAGAGGUGCUGAGCAUGGAUGAUGAGAUCCAGAAGCUGGCCACAGAGCUGUACCACCAGAAGUCUGUGCUCAUCAUGGGCCGAGGUUACCACUACGCCACGUGUCUCGAGGGAGCUCUGAAAAUUAAAGAAAUCACCUACAUGCACUCGGAAGGGAUCCUGGCSGGGGAGCUGAAGCACGGCCCGCUGGCCCUGGUGGACAAGCUCAUGCCUGUGAUCAUGAUCAUCAUGAGAGACCACACCUAUGCCAAGUGCCAGAAUGCUCUCCAGCAGGUCAUUGCACGGCAGGGACGACCUGUGGUGAUUUGUGACAAGGAGGACAUYGAGACCAUUAAGAACAAUAAAAGAACAAUCAAAGUUCCCCACUCAGUGGACUGUCUGCAGGGAAUCCUGAGUGUGAUCCCCCUCCAGCUGCUGGCAUUCCACCUGGCCGUGCUCAGGGGCUAUGAUGUUGAUUUUCCAAGAAAUCUGGCCAAGUCCGUAACUGUAGAGUGAAAGAUCAUCUGAAUCAUAGGGGCAAAGGGGAAUUAAAUGAAAGACUUUUUUUUGGUACCAAAAUAACUUGAUUUUAAAGCCCCCUAGGUAAAUCUUAUUUUGGUAAAUCAUUGUUUGUCUAUAAGAUCACCAUAAUUCCAUUACAUUAGUGAUUGUCCACUUGAUUCCACAUGCUAUGUCAAUAGCUCUGGGCUUUCUUUUAACAAUAGACUGCCAUGAAAGRUGUUAAAUGGUUUUCCUUAAAGAUUGCUGAGUCUUCUUGGUAAGGGGCCCUCCACUWUGAGCUGAUGUCAUUGUCUCUUACUCAAUGUGGCUCAUUCCAGUCAUUGAUGAGAAACCACGAGUGAAUUUAUCAGUCACCUGUCAUGCUCUCAGGCAGUGAAGCAAGACACCAGAAUACACAACUGGAACAAGAGCUCGUACUGGUCAUGCUUGUGCAGAURUUUUACCAGUGAAUGAAACUGCAAACAGGCCUUUAGGGUAAAUUCCUGCCUCAGGUACAAAAGGGAAUUCAGCUGAGCUGUCACAGCCUCCUCGGUUCUGGGCACAUGCUAAAUGUGCCAAGGAAGUAACAUUGCUCCAGAAGGAUUUUAUCUAUGCCAAAAACAUAGCAAGUGACAAUCUCAUAGCCRUGGUGGCCACAAUGCUGUGACCCCAGCACACCCCAGGGGCCAGUGGGACCCAGCCUGGCUGGGACUGGGAGCACUGGCUGCCCCAGUGUGGAUGAGGGCACAAAGGAGGUGACCAAUGCUCACUUAGAGCUGGUGGCUGUUGCUGCUGUUGUUUGUUUGGGGUUUUUUAGAACAAGUGGAAGUUUUCCUGUGCUGAGGAUUUUGCCCUGGAACUGAGCCCAAGGGCAUUGUAGGCACAUCUGAGUGACCCAGCUCUGUGCAGGGGUUUAGCUGCAGGUCUCUCUCUAGUCUGGAUGUGUUUCUGUGUCUCUACCUUGGGUCUCCYCAGCAGAGAUGGCACUAAAGCUCCUUCCCGAGGCUUGUUUAGUCAAAGUCCCCUAAUGACAGCGAGGGCUCAGGUUUAUUUAGCAGCAGUUCUUAUGUGACUUGUUUAAAAUUGAUGAGUUUAAAAAAUUGAAGCUGGUUUAAAAUUGAAGGGGAUGAAAAGGCUCCAUAAACAUGACAGAAAUAAAUACCUUGGUAAUAGAUCUGUAACAAGCUUGCAGACAGUCAGAAAUGACACAGAAAAAAGACUUUCAGGACUCAAAACCUGACUUUUUCAGAGUCAUCAAAAGGCAGUUAUGUAUUUUCUAAUGCAAAAAGGUGACUUUCCACCCAUCUUGCUGGGUUUUGAAUUAGAUUUACAGAGGCACUGUAAAAACGUGCUACAAGGUAUAAAGUGGUGCUGGUGAAUAUUC